ACUAUGCUCUCCAAAGAGCAACUCUUCUCAAAAUCUCAACAAGUUUAGUUCAGACAUAGCUGCCUUCUUUUUGGGAGUGAAGCAAUGUCAAACCAAAAUACCCAAUAAGCAUAAGCAUUAGCAAGGGUUUCAAUGCGGACUUUGAUGGGGAUCAAAUGGCUGUUCAUCUAUCUUUAUCCUUGGAAGCUCAGGCGGAAGCCUGUUUACUUGUGUUUUCUCAUAUGAAUCUCUUGUCUCCCGCUCGUCUUCUUUCCUUGCUCUUUUCUAUCGGUAGAGUCCUUCCGCACCAAUACCACUGUUUGCAGUAUUCACCUAGGAUUCCAUCUCUUCACUGUCCGUAGGUUGUUGCCUUUUGCUUCCCCAUCUCUUCUAAGAGAAAAAGACCCAACUCAAGCUUCAAUCAGACAAUCACCGUGAUUCUCGAUCAUCGCCUCCACCUCUCCUUGCUUGUCAUAGCGCACGGUGCUCACUGAGAAGUGAGCAAGCACCAUCCCCAACAAAGACUGCCCAUGGCCCUGGCCGGGUCGCUACUUCUUCCCUGGGUGGAAGGUUUAGUCGGCAAGGCGGCCGACGUGCUCGUCCAGAGGGUCACCGGCAUGUGGGGCAUCGAAAGCUAUCGCCGCAAGCUGGAGGACCAACUGGUGUACAUGCUGUCCCUUCUAGCCGUCGCCGAGGAGAAGGCCGAGGCCAAGAUGGAGGCCGGCCGUGCUGUCAAGGCGUGGAUGAAGAAGCUCAAGACUGCCGCGUACGAGGCUGACGACGUCCUCGAUGCCUUCCAAUACGAGGCUCUGCGCCACGAGGUUCAGGCUAGCGAGUCCGCAUCACGAAAGGUACUCUACUUCUCUAAACAUUAUAUGUUCCUCGCACUUGGGCUUUAUCGUAAUAAUUUGCUUUUUUCUUCGGACAGAAUUUGUUCAAUGUUGAGCUAAUUUGGGGCAAAGUGUGAAACCUGCUCCAAGACUGGUUCAGCCUAUGUUCAAGAGUGCUGUGCGCAUGUGGUGGAAGAAGUGAAACACAUCUGCUCAACUGUAGCAGUUGAGCAGGAGACUGCUCAGAUAAUUGCUGAAGAAGUGCAGAGCUCCAAUCUGUGGCAGAAGAUGAAAUGGUAGAAGACUGAAGCUGAAGUAAGACACAAAGAAGAGGACCGAAGGAAAACAGAGUGCAUCAUUUUUGAGCUUUUGUUGUUCUUUUUUUUUGAUACGUGUCCCAUACGGUAGCUGUAUGCAUGCUGAUUGCUGAGGGUGACGUAGCUGAACCCAAACUCGCCGUGGAUGAGCUGCUCUGAAAACUCAGUUUGGUAACACUGGGACAUUGCGAUGGCUCCGGCUCAGCUCGUUGUCAAAAGUAGGAAAUACUCUCAUUGUUUGCAUGGUUGUACAUAUAUCGGAAGCAACGAAAAUCAUGUUCUGACCA